CCCUUUGGUCACAAACUCAUAAUAUUUGAAUGUGAGCAGAGCCUUGUUCAAAUAUUAUGAGCCCUGCCAUUAUGGCCACAACAACGACAGCACCACAAAUGACCAGUAUGUUUUCGAAUCAAUCGCAAAGAAGUAUCAUUCAUUGUCUUUUCUAUCUAUCCGUAUUAAACAGCCCAACUAUCAGCUACCAGUCCAUUCGACUUCAAUUCACCAGCCAUCAUACUGACUUUUAUUCUCAUUAUAACUCUACUCGUUACACUGAUUGUAUUCUCGAUAACAGUUAUUGUCAUUUAUUUUCUCGGCCAUUACCGAAACACCGAUCGAUCAGCACAUUACACGUCAAAGUGAACUCAAACCAGACGGUUGCCGCAACAAGAAGAACAAGACACAAUUUAUCUGUCGCCCGUAAUCCACCAGGCACCAGACCGAGUGCCCGGAUUCGAUCGUCCAGCAUUCGACAAAAAUCGAAAUCUUCCCAACCAGCAGAUACUUGA